UCAGAUGAAUCUUUCUAUCAGAGUUUCCCUGAGAUUCCAGUGGAAGAAACACCUGAAAAUGAUGGAGAGCCAAGCACUUUGUCACUCAGUAUCUGUGAACGGUCUUCUCCAGCAACAUCAGGUGAAGCCUUCACACCAAAGGAGGGAUCUCCUUACAAAGUUCCAAUAUAUAUUCCUGAUGACAUCCCAAUUCCAUCAGAGUUUGAGCUUCGAGAAUCAAAUAUUCCUGGAGCCGGAUUAGGGAUAUGGACAAAAAGGAAGAUUGAAGUAGGUGAAAGAUUUGGACCAUAUGUAGGAGAACAUCAACGAAGUCUUAAAAACACCAAUAAUGGAUGGGAGACCCAGGAAACAGGACUCCUGCUGCUGCUCAAGCUUGGGAAAUUGCCAUCAUGUUCCCUACCAAACAAACGUUGUGAGGUGUAUUGUGCUACACUUGGAAGAGAUAAAGUAAUCAGCGUAGGAGGGUCCCUGUUUUCCCAUCUUAUAGUUAAUUUUGAACUAGACUUGGACUGGACAAUACUUCUGGAGGACUGACAGCUGCUCAAAUAAAG